GGGGGAGGAUUUGAGGGUGAGGGACUCUCUCUAACUUUAGUGUCAGUCCAGCCGACGUCAGCUUCAGACGACCUCCUUCAGUGAGUGACCGCGGCCGUCAGCAGCGAGUUGCAAGGUUGCCAGCUUGGUUGCCAUGGCGUCGACCAAUGAGAGCGAGGAGCGUGGUGAUCAGGCGGUCCCUGAUGGAGAUGAGGAGGAGAGCGUCCAGGGAGUACAGUCCCGUUACCUCCGCUGUCCGUCGCCCAGCUUCUCGAUGACGUCGGAGUCCAGGUUCUCCAUGAUCUCGGGCUCCGACGCUGCGAGCAUCUUCAUGGAGCCCAUCCACCUCUCGUCAGCCAUCGCCGCCAAGAAGAUCAUCAACGAGGAGCUGCCUCCUCGUGGCGUGCGCACAGAGUCCAUCCCGGAGUCCAUGUUGGAAACGCCCGAGCAGCUCAUGGUGGAAGACCUCUACAACCGGGUCAGGGACAUGAUCGACGACCGCAGCCCCUACAACACCCCCUGUGUGCUGGACAUCCAGAGGGCCAUGGUGCAGGAACGCCUGGAGGCACCCAUCAACCCCGUGGACGAGGUGUGGCCCAACAUCUUCAUCGCUGAGAAAUCUGUUGCAGUCAACAAAGCUCGUCUGAAGCGAAUGGGCAUCACACACAUCCUGAACACGGCGCACGGCACCGGGGUCUACACGGGCGAGUCGUUCUACGACGGCAUGAACAUCCAGUACAUGGGCAUCGAGGUGGACGACUUCGCCGACGCCGACAUCGCGGCGCACUUUCGACCCACUGCUGAGUUCUUGGAUGAGGCUCUGCUGACGCACAAAGGAAAAGUUCUCGUGGUCUCCAUGAUGGGCGUCAGUCGCUCCGCCGUCCUGGUGGCGUCCUACCUGAUGAUCUUCCAGCACAUGACCAUCAUGGAGGCUCUGACCUCCAUGAGGAAAAAACGCGCCAUCAGCCCCAACGAAGGCUUCCUGAAGCAGCUGCGAGAGUUCAACGAGAACCUGAUGGAGGAGCGCGACGACGAUGACGACACGCUCAGCCAGUGCUCUGUGAUCGACGCACGCGCCCGUGCCCGUAUCUUUGGCGAGGGCGGGGAUGGCGGGGAUGACGACGACGACGACGAUGACACGGAUAAAGAGGAAGAGCAGAGUAUGAUCGAGGUGAAGGCGCACUCCAUCAUGAUGGAAGAGGAGGGGGAUGCAGAGAGUGUGAUGAGCAGCGUCGCGUCAUCUGCUGCCGCUGCGGCGCUCCGGAGCGGAAUGAUCGGAGCUCAGAAUGGAUUGGACAAACGCGCGUUGGUUCAAGAAAACACCGUGCUUCCCGAGAAGGAGGGUGGAGAGGACGGAGACGACGAAGACGGCGUCGACAGCAUGAUCCGCGAGUGGCAGCGGAGAAAUGAGAAAUAUCAGAGCGACGACUGGUGGGAGGCACAGCUGAACAGCGACGGCGAGGACGUGGACUCUGUCGCCACGGGCCGACCGGAGAAGGCGAAGGAAGGUGUAGACGCCGAUGUGGAGAGUGUCACCAGUGAGGACGUCCGCGCUGUGAAAGAGAGGUUGAAGCGGCGCAUCAGACGUCCACCUUCAGACACGAUGUCCACCUCCAGCUGCACCAGUUACUCUGAUCUCUGGAAACAGCGGUUGAAGGAAAUCGAGGAACAAGCUGCAGCUCGUUACCGCAAGAAAGAGGAAGACCAAGACAGCGAGAGCAGCACGACAGAAGGCGGAGAAGGAGGAAAGAAGAAAAUCAAUGAUGAAGUGGACAGCAUCCUCUCCGACACCAGCUCUAUGUACAACUUCUGUCAGAAGAACAAGGAGAAGAUGACGCCUUUGGAGCGCUGGCGCGUCAAGAGGAUCCAGUUUGGCUGGAACAAAAAGGAUCGGGAAGAUGGAGAGAAAAGUUCUAUCGGAGACGGAGAGAAAGGUGACGGUGAGGGAGAAGCUAAGACGCCGGCUUUCGAGGAUGUGAACCUGACAGCGUAUCAGUCGUGGAAGCUGAGGCAGCAGAAGCGGUACGGCGAGGAGAACACAGAGGAGAUUUUGGAGCUGAGUCGGGGUGAGGACUCUGCGACGGCCAAACGGAGACAAAGGCGGGAGGAGCUCCUGGAGCGCUCAAAGAAAACUCUAGAGGAGAGUCAGUCCCUGUGUGGCUGGGAGACCGAGAGCUGCGUCAGCGGAGGGACGAUCCCUCUGUCCGCCUUCUGGGCUGGAGCCGGAGUCACAGGCCCGCCAAGCGUCGCCAACGAUGACAACAUGUCCAUGCUCAGCGGCAGAUCAUCCGUCAUAUCUUCAGUUUCGCAGGCUCGCAGCACGAGAUCUGCUCAAUCUGCUUUUCAAGUUAAUCCCAUGCCACCAGUUCCUCCCAUGGUCCCAGUUCCUACAGUCCAAGGCCCUGGAGGAGAACCGAUGGUCAAUCUGUCCAGCAUCCAAAACUGGAUCGCCAACGUCGUCUCUGAAACCAUCAAACAGAAGCAAAGCGAGAUGAGUCUCCCUCCUCCUUCACGUGCCGGAUCAGAGCUGAGCUUUGGGGGUGCAGGAAGUCUGAUUUCAGGCCGCGGCGUGGAUGACGACAAAGUGUCCUUGUUGAGCGGUGCUUCCUACUCCAGCGCUCUGUCACAGGGGCGAGGCAGAGCGGCGUCCGUCCUCUCAGGUGGCGGGUCCAGCAACAUCUCGGGUCUCAGUGGAAGAGGCUCCGCUCUGGGAUCCACACUGGGUUCCAGUCUGGGUUCCAAGAAGAACAAAAUCACCACCACCAGCGUCCCCCUGUUCAGCCUCUUCCAAGACCAGGUGGACAUGGGCAAACUGGACGCCAUGGACAAGGAGAUAAAGUCCGAGAUGAGGGGCAAGAUGGCGACCUACGAGAAGAAGAAGAUCCUGGAGGAUAACAAGCGCAGCACCCUGUACAAGAAAAAGAAACCAAAGGAGGACGAAGACGAGGUGGAGGAGAGGAAGAAGAGAGAGGAGGAGUUUCUGGAAGAGACGAAGAAAAAGGAGAAACCUGCGAGGAGCUACGGCCUCUCCGGGUGCCUGAAUCUGAAACCAGCGCUGGAGAAAGAUAAGGACACGAGCAUCGACGACUGGCUGAAGAGCGUCAGACCUCCUCCAAAGACGCUGGCCUCUGGAUCAGGAGCUGGUCCGUCAGAGGAUCCAUACGACGAUCUGGACGCCUCCGCCUCUGAAUUUGACUUUUCGAGCCGCAGAGCCUCAUAUGCCGUCGAUGAAGAAGACGAGGAGACUCACAGAGUCGCCUCCAGAUACAGAUCAAGGUUACAUGAGGAUCUAUCAAACGAGGGAACAGAAUAUUCCUGCAACGGGAUCACCCAGUCCCACAGCUACAGCCGGGCGGGGAGGUCGCGCGGCGCCUACGAUGAGACCGACGAGGGUACAGAGAGCUACGGCGACCUCUCCACGAGGAGGACGUUUACUCAUCACUCGCGAUAUGAAAGCAGUGAGACAGAAGGGAGGAGGAGCAGGAGGGAGGAGGCUGACAACGACGAGGAGGAUGACAUUGCUACCUUCAUCGCCCAAACCAGACAGCGGGUCAGGGCGCGGGCCGCUGCCGAGGCCGAAGACGACGAGGUGCUCGCUGCCUGGAGGGCGCAGCAGGAGGCCAAAGCACAAAGUAGAAGUGAAUCAUAG